AUGCAGGGCCUACCAAACGUCAAGGACUUGCCGGGGUACAAGUAUGUGGACGAAGGGGAAGGCUGGAGCGCGGUGGGUGCCAGGCUGAGGGCGCAACUGACUCAGCGCGGCAUCAUGAAGGCCAAGUCCAAACCAGGCAAGCCAUCUGAGAAGGUGCCAGGCGGGAAGAAGGCCGAUGCCAAAGCCGUCGCCAAGGCCAUGGACUCCAUGAUCCGCCGGAUUGAGCGGGAGGAGGAGAGGAGGAAGUCCAUGGCAGAGAAGUCUGCGGCUGCGCUGGAGCGAAAGGCGCUGAAGCAGAUGGAAAGCGAGGCGCAGCGAUCGCAGGCUGUCCAGGCACAGCAUGCCCUGUUCCUUGCCCGGGCAGCGGCCAUCCAGCAAUCCCGGGAGGCCAAUGCCGUCAGAGACGACGCCGCCCUCCCUGGAGCCCAUCUCCCGCCCCCCACGCCCAAGCGGCUGGGGUGUGGCGCCAUCCCCGCGGAGGGCGAUGCUCUCUUGCUGGAAAUCUGGCUGUUUGCCCAUCGCUUCCAGGGACUGCUGGGCCUGGAGGACCCCCUGCCCACCAUUGCGCAGCUAGAGGCCGGUUUGGUCAUGGAGGGCUUCCACCAGGCCAGUGCCCCAGACGAGGAGGUGCCCAGCCCCUACACACUGCUCUGCAUGGCGCUGUGCAACCUCCUCUGCAUCGACCUGUUUGAUGGUGCCAUGGAAGCUCUGGAAGAGUCCCGGCCCGAGGUGAGGGAGGCCGACUACCGGCCCAGCGCCAAGGCCCAGCAUCCCCUGCCCGUGACCCCGGAGAGCUGGCCGGAAGCUGCCGCCCGCAUCCUGCGCAUCCACGCCGCGGCGGCCCGCGCUGACCGAGGGCUCGCAUCGAGGGCCAAGGGAACCGCGGAGCCGUUGGCUGUACUGGGCCCGGACCUGCUGCUGGACCUGCUGGUGGCGGGGCUGGACGCGGCCACCGCCCAGCGGGUGGGCGGGCUGCCGCCACACGCUGGCCCUCAGACGGCCGCCUCGAUCCGCGCCGCGGCCGACGCCGCCGGCCGAGCUGCUGCGAUUGCUGGGGACGGCAAGCUGGGGGUCCGGGCCCGUGAGAGCUCGCAUGGCUCCACCCCGCUGCUCCGCGCGGCGCUGCUCCGGCUGUGCUCGGGGCGGCACGCCAGGGCCUUGGCGUGGCACGGCGCGGAGGCCGCCGCCGCGACCAGGGCGCCGCGGGAGCUGGACUUGGCCGGCGUGGGACGGCGUGUCGAGGCGGGGGCGUACGCUAUGGCUGCGAAUCCCCUAGAAGCCCUGGCCGUCGACGUGGAAGCCGUGGUGGCCCUGCACGCCGGCCUGGCGGGGAAGCAAUCGGAGGCAGCUGUGGCGCUCCAGAGUCAGGGGGUGGUGGAGGGCGCCGCGACUGUUGCGAGCCUUCUCGAAGCCUGUCUGGCUGAGAUCAGCAAGGAUGGGCCGGAGGCCUUCAUACAGGGGGUGGAGCGCGCCCACCCCAAGCUGGCACGGCACCUGCGGGAUGUCAGCAGGCCGUUCUCGCCCUUCCCUGGGUGUGCUGUGUGCUGGGACGAGGGUGACGAGCCCCACACCCUCAUCUGCGACGGGUGCGACAUCGAGCGGCACAUGUACUGCCUACCUGUCCCGCUUGAGGAGGUGCCAGAGGCCGCGCCCGCUGCCCGCCUCAACCUGUUGCAUGCCCUGACCCAGCUGGUGGCCGAGUCGCGGAUGGUGCACACCUCGCUCGUGGAGGAGGAGGAAAGCGCGAGGCAGUUAAGAAGGGAGAUCCAGGGCAUGCGUGUGGAGAUCCGCACCUGGCACGCCGAGGCGGCGCUGAGGAGCGCCGGGGGGGCAGCCGCGCAGGAGGGCGUGUCUGCACGCGCCACGCGAUCGGUGGACCCCUUGUCUCAGAUUGAGGCUGCGGUGCAGCGCACCUCUCGCCUUGAGCAUGAGCUCAGUAAGACACCAGUGCCCCGGCUGACCCCCAUUGGGGUCGACCGACACUGGAACCGGUACUGGCUGCUGCCCCAGGAAGCUUUUGCAGAGGUGCCGAGCGGAGGCGGCGCCGCCGUCCUGGGCGUCGACCGCCCCGCACCAUCUGACGCGAGCGCUCCCGCUGAGCGCUGGACUGCAGGCAUUUAUCCCGGCCCGGAGGAGCUCGACAGGCUCCUGCGAUGGCUGGACCCACGAGGUGUGCGAGAGCGGGCUCUAGCGGCCGAGGCGAGGCGUCUUCAUGCCGAGUCGCUAGCUUCACAGGAACGGGAGGGAGUGCGGGAGGCCGAGGCGCGCGCGGCACCGGCAGAGGCGCAGCAAGCGCAGGACGGGGCAGAGCAGGGUGUUGACGCCACUGCGCCACCUGUCGCAGAUGUGAUGCAGCCUGGGGAGGAUGGCACUGCCUUGGCUCCUGGGGCGGCACCUGCUCCCGACGCGGCACCUGCUCCCGAGGCGGCACCUGCUCCCGACGCGGCCACGGCCACCGACGCCCUCGAGCCCCUGCGCAGCGCCGUGCUGGCGUUGCAGGAGGGCUGGGCGGCGGCCACGCUGCAGGCCGUCGGAGGAGGAGCUGAUCGCGGUGGCGGGAGUCGUGUCGUCGCAGCAGUGCAGCCAGUCGACCUGGCGCGCGCCUUGCUGCGACUGGAGGGCUGGGUCCGGCCCGAGUUCUUCCAAGCCACCCCGGCCGCCCUCUGGAUGCGGUACGAGGCGCUCAAGUCGGCGGUCAAGCUGCGCGUGACGCUCAAGCUGCCCGGCAGCGCACCGACGACCGCCGGCGGGACGACCUCCCGCCCGCCCUCCCGUGGCAGCGGCCGGUAUCCGCUGCGGGAGCGCCGCGCUGCGGUGGGUGCCGCCGGCUCGGGCCAGAAGAGGCCCUGGUGGGACGCCCUGGAGGACGGGGAGACCAGCGACUCGCCCGCCGCGAGCGCCGAGCCCGCAGCUGACGACCGCGCGUCCCGCCUGGCCAAGCGCCAGCGCGCCCAAGAAAGGGAGGCACAGGCUGAAAGUGAGCGGGGCCGGCGCAUGGUGGAGCGGAGCGCGGGAGGCAGGAGCCUGCGCUCGAAGCCCGCCGACGAGGUCGCCCGCGGCAGGCUGCGGGAAGGGUGA